UUUUCACUCAUCUAUGCGCAAGGAUACAUACGAACUACAUCUUGUCAACGGGAACAAUCCAAGCGUCCUACUCGAUUCGUACACAGAUUCCAAGGAUUCAGACAUGGCGAACAAUGAAUGCAGAAUUUACGUGGGAAACCUUCCCCCAGACAUCAGAACAAAGGACAUUGAAGAUUUAUUCUAUAAGUUUGGUCGCAUAACCUUCAUCGAUCUGAAAAAUAGGAGAGGUCCACCAUUUGCUUUUGUAGAGUUUGACGAUCCAAGGGAUGCUGGGGAUGCAGUGCAUGCACGUGACGGCUAUGACUAUGAUGGCUAUAGACUGAGAGUAGAAUUUCCAAGGGGAUCUGGACCUGGUGGCCCUCGUGGAGGUGGAGGCGGUGGACGUGGUGCAAGGCGAGGAGGACCCCCUUCAAGAAGAUCAGAUUACAGAGUUUUGGUGUCAGGAUUGCCCUCUACUGGAAGCUGGCAGGAUCUGAAGGACCACAUGCGUGAGGCUGGAGAUGUUUGCUAUGCAGAUGUUUUCAAAGAUGGGACAGGGGUGGUGGAGUUCCUCAGAUAUGAAGACAUGAAAUAUGCUGUGAGGAAAUUGGAUGACUCUAAGUUCAGGUCACAUGAGGGAGAUACAAGCUACAUCAGAGCAAAAGAAGACUCCAGUGGUAGGAGAGAUGGUGGAGGUGGCCAUAUGGGAGAUGGCAUGGGACGAGGUGGUAGAGAUCGCUCAAGAAGUCGUAGUUUUUCACCACCAAGACGCAGUAGAGGGUCACCAAGCUAUUCACCGAUGAGAAGAGCUUCUCCAUACUGAGUUAUGCGGUUUAAUUUUCACAGCAGCAUCUUUUGAGUGCUUUGACUGUUGUCACAUUUAUAAAGACUUAUAAAGAUUUCUCAAGUAAAGUGGACCAAAGGUUUUCAAUGUAGACUUUCAAGUGGUUAAAGAAAGUGAUUUUUCUCAUAAUUAUAAAUAGAUUGAUUUUUAAUUGUCUGCUGAAUGACAUUUUUAACAUGAUAUUUUUAUUUCUUAGAGACUGCAUUUGAAGAGGUAUAAGGUGUCAUAAAAUUUCAGAAAAAAAAUGUUUGAAAUAUUUGCAUAGACAUUUGAAGAUGCUUCAUUGCAUGGUUUCCAUUGCAGUUUGAAGAUUUGGUCUGUGAGUUUAUGUCCUCUACUUACGUCUCCCUAGAAUGAAUGUAGUGUGAAUGGUUGGUUGAGAUUCUUGCACAUAUUAUCCUCAUUGCUAAAACAAUAUAUAUUUCACAAGCUAAUUCACAAUUUUAUUUCUAUUUGAUAUAAGGUGCUUGGGAGUCUCCUGCCAUUCUUUUACUGGAUGCGGAAAUACAGGGAUCAUAUUAGUAUAUAGGAUAGGAGGAUUUAAACAUAGGAGGAAACCUCAGGAUCCACUAGGAUCACUGGAUUGUUUGGGAGAUAGGGAUAAGUUUGAUGUUCGUAUAAAUAUAAAUUUGCAUCUCUCAAAAAUUAAAACUGUUUAUUUUGGAAACUAAAUUGCCUAAAAUUUUCUUGAGUUAAUGAAAAAUAUUUAAGUUAAUACAAUUUCAUUCCAUAAAAAAAUAAAGCUUAUAAAAAAUGAAUGCCCCUAAACAUCACAAAAGCAAAAGAGGAAGUGGAUCAUAUUUGGAAAAGGCAAAAAAUCGGAUGGAGCAGUUUCCUCUAUGACGGAACAAGUCUCACAAACUAAAACUUAAGUCCUUUGGAAUGAAGAUACUUAUUACUGGAGGUCUUGUCUAGGAGAAAUCUUGGAAUUCCAAAAACUAAUAUUAGGAAUAGGAAAAGAUCUUGACUCUGCAUAUGGAUUGGUAAUAUUAUAACAUGGAAGGAGACCUUUAACAUAGUUCUUGCACUUUCAUUAGGAUAAGGAAACAUUUUUGGGAAGGAAAUUGCGAGGGAAAUGUGGAAGACCUCAUUAGGAAAGGAAAAUGGGCUCAUAAAGGAAAUGAUGGUAUAGUAUUGAAAUUGGUUACAUGUUGGGUUUUAUAUCUACAAUUGCCCCUUCUUUUACAGAUAACCUUCUGUGUGUUCUGUGUUAAUUGUGCACUUGUCUAGUCUUGUGUGUGUUUGAAUGUUGAAAGUGUGGGAGAAUGGAUGGUAAGAUUGGCUGAAUUUGACUGUCUUCACUGGAAUAAUGUCUGUUUGAGCAUUUCCCUGGAAUUGUCAAAUGCAGUUUGAAUAAAAAUUUUGAACUUGA